GAACACAAGAUCGGAUUACAAGAUGGCGGUUUGUGGACGUUAAGCACGGAGGCCGUCGGAGUUGUUGUGUUCUCUGUGAAUUCUACUGUUUGAUAUCAGGCCUCCUGUUGAGUUGGUUCACGUCGUAAGCGUAAUAUGCGUGUGAAAUAGGAACAAUUACAUUUUACCGAUAGUGUGAACUUCACGUAGACGCGCAUGUUUUGUAACAUGCAGGUGAAAACAAAGUUAACAGGUCGAGGAAAACACUAGACGGGGUGAGCUGAUAGCUUGUUAGCAGCCAGCUAGCCUGCUAGCUCCGACUCGGUUAACCAUGUCGGACACUCGGCGGCGAGUGAAAGUGUAUACGCUGAAUGAAGACCGGCAGUGGGACGAUCGGGGCACCGGGCACGUUUCGUCUACAUUUGUUGAGCGACUGAAGGGAAUAUCAUUAUUAGUUAGGGCCGAAUCGGACGGAUCACUACUAUUGGAGUCGAAGAUAAGCCCGAAUACUGCAUAUCAGAAACAACAGGACACACUGAUUGUGUGGUCAGAAGCAGAUAACUAUGACCUUGCCCUAAGUUUCCAGGAAAAGGCUGGCUGUGAUGAGAUCUGGGAGAAGAUUUGCCAGGUUCAAGGCAAGGAUCCUGCUCUGGACAUCACCCAGGACCCCAUCGAUGAGUCAGAGGAGGAGCGCUUUGAGGAGAUUCAAGAGACAAGCCACCUGGUGGAGCUCCCUCCUUGUGAACUAAGCCGACUGGAGGAAAUUGCAGACCUGGUUACCUCUGUGCUGUCUUCGCCCAUCCGUAGGGAAAAACUUGCCCUGGCCCUGAUGAGCGAGGGCUACAUCAAGAAACUCCUGGGUCUCUUCAGAGUAUGCGAGGACCUGGACAACAGGGAAGGCCUGCAUCAUCUUUACGAGAUUGUCCGAGGUGUCUUGUUCCUUAAUAAAGCGGCCCUCUUUGAGGUGAUGUUCUCUGACGACUGUAUCAUGGAUGUGGUGGGUUGCCUUGAGUAUGACCCGGCACUGGUUCAGCCUAAACGACACAGAGAAUUCUUGACCAAGACAGCAAAGUUUAAGGAGGUGAUCCCGAUCACAGACUCUGAGCUGCGGCAGAAAAUCCACCAGACCUACCGCGUUCAGUACAUCCAGGACAUCAUCCUGCCCACACCGUCAGUCUUUGAGGAGAACUUCCUGUCCACACUCACCUCCUUCAUCUUCUUCAACAAGGUGGAGAUUGUCAGUAUGUUGCAGGAGGAUGAGAAGUUUCUUACGGAGGUCUUUGCACAGCUCACAGACGAAGCCACAGAGGACAGUAAAAGGAGAGAGCUCGUGAACUUUGUCAAGGAAUUCUGUGCUUUUUCACAAACAUUGCAACCACAAAACAGGGACGCUUUCUUCAAAACUCUGGCAAAUCUAGGCAUUUUACCUGCUCUUGAAAUAGUCAUGGGAAUGGAUGACCUGCAGGUGAGGGCAGCGGCUACCGACAUCUUCUCUUACCUGGUGGAAUUCAGCCCCUCCAUGGUCAGAGAGUUUGUCAUGCAGGAGCCACAGCAGACAGAUGAUGACGUUCUGCUGAUAAAUGUGGUGAUCAAGCAGAUGAUUUGUGACUCUGACCCAGAGUUAGGAGGAGCCGUCCAGCUGAUGGGUCUGCUCAGGACACUCAUAGACCCCGAGAACAUGCUGGCUUCCACCAAUAAAACUGAGAAAACAGAAUUUCUGAGUUUCUUCUACAAGUACUGCAUGCAUGUUCUAACUGCUCCUCUGCUGGCCAACACAGCACAUGACAAGAGCUCAAAAGAUCUGCAGGAGGGAUCCACAAAGAUCAACCCAGUCUGUCCAGACAACUUCCAGACUGCUCAACUGCUGGCACUGAUCCUGGAGCUUCUAACCUUUUGUGUGGAGCACCACACCUAUCACAUCAAGACCUACAUCAUGAACAAAGACCUGCUCAGGAGAGUGCUGGUGCUCAUGAACUCAAAGCACACCUUUCUUGCUCUUUGUGCCCUGCGUUUCAUGCGCAGGAUCAUUGGUCUGAAAGAUGAGUACUACAACCGCUACAUCAUCAAAGGGAACCUGUUUGAGCCCGUCAUUAACGCCCUGCUGGACAACGGCACCCGAUACAACCUCCUCAACUCAGCCAUCAUAGAGCUCUUUGAGUUCAUAAAAGUGGAGGACAUCAAAUCCCUCAUAGCUCACAUUGUGGAUAACUUUUAUAAAGCACUUGAAUCCAUCGAGUAUGUCCAGACUUUCAAGGGCCUGAAGGGUCGAUAUGAGCAGGAAAAAGACCGGCAGAGUCAGAGACUGAACAGAUAUCGCAGAGAUGCACGGUCGUUGGACGAGGAUGAAGAGUUGUGGUUCAAUGACGACGAUGAUGACGAUGAUGGAGAGGCAGUGGAGAAGAGGAUGGAGGACGACUUCUCUGAUACCUAUGGAAAAUACAUGGAAGCCAAAAAAGGAGCUGCCAAUGGAGCUAAUGGUGCCAACAACAACGGGAAAGCUGCUGCGAUCCCACCUGCCUCACCGGCUGUCACUCCAAACAACAGUUCAACUUCGUCCGUCAAAACCGUUGCUCUUCCUGCCACACCAGUAGUGAAGACUGCUCUGGUUGGUUUGGUGGACUACCCCGACGAUGAGGACGAAGAGGAGGAAGACGAGGAGGAAGAGCAGUCUCCAAGGAAGCGGCCCCGUUUGAGCUCUUAAGACCUGAUUGUCCUCUGUUUGGUCGUGGUGGACGGACACGAGUCCCUCCCAUCCCCCCUCCUCUGGUCGUCUCAUUGGUCCUUGGCCUGCCUGUGCCACCUGUCAGUCUCGCUGAAGAGACGGGCAAAGACGAGCUCCACCUCACUCAGUCCCUCCCGAUCGCUGCUCCUCUCUUCUCCCUCAGUAGAAGGAGAUGGAGAGCUUCUGUUUUUGGAAAGACAGGCAGAUCAAUCCCUUCCUUCAGCCUGUUGUUUUAAUCUCUCCCUUCUACCUCUCUUCCUUCUGAGGAGAACCUCACCGAUCUUUUGCAAACUCUUCACUGCUCUCCUCAUUCUUCCUUCUGUCUGAACUACUUUCUCCUCCUCAUCCUCCAUCCUGCACACCAACCAGAGGCUGCGGUGGAAGUCCCAGUGCCAAGGCGGUUCUCAGCUCUGCCGCGUCGCAACGGUAGCAAGGAAGCCGCGGUACUUCAGCGGCCCAGAACCCCCCUCACCAGUUCUCAUUCGAACUCUCCCUACCAUCCAUCUCUAACCCCGAACCAAUGAGCUCCAGAGACAGGAAGCCAGAACAUAACCAGCCAGUGUACGAACUGUUCAGCAGGCCAGUCAGGCUAGCAGGACUAGCCGUCAUAGUUAUAGAAAGCUUGACUGGCUGAAGCCGUGUGUGUGCGCACGCCGUCCUGCCACAGAACUAAUUACUUUUGUCGGGGAUAGAGGAUCUAGGCAACAUAGAAAAAUUAAAAACAAAAAUGUUUGAGAGACAAGGGAGCUGACAAAUCAAAGCAGAAUGAAAACUCAGCAGUAAUGAUGCUUAGAUCCAGAGGAGCAGGACUCAAAACCUUCAAAAGCCAUGGCGUCCGUUCGGUCAAGGCACACGCAACACAACAUCUCACACACAGGACUGCGUUAGUCAGGAAUCCUGUAUUUCAUGACUUUGUUAAAAAGUACUGUACAGAUGUUUCUUUUUUCUUUUCUUUUUAAUCAUUUGCCCCCGAUGUGAUUUUGAAAGGGGAGAGAGACGCCUACCUGCCUGUGUAUUGUUUUUGUUGUUGUUGCACAAAAAGGUGGGGUCUCUGUUCACCCUUUCAGUCCGGCUCAUUUGAUUCAAUGUAAAAUGCAGAGAAGUCGCAAAUGCUGGUUUUAAAAAUAACAUUAAAACUGCAGUAAAGUCAUUUUUUGCAGCCAACGUUUUGAGGAUGUCUGGAGUUUUGUAUUUUAGUUGAUUUAAGAUUUUAGUGACCUCAUCAUCUUCAUCGUCAUCUUCGCAGCCCUGUUAUUUUCACUGGGUGGUAAACCUGAGCUGUUGGUGGGUUUAGAGUAGGAUUAGGGCACAAUGCGGGAGGUUUCUGGUCUCGACACCCUCCUGUCAGACAGAUCUCAGGUUCAGAGGUUAAUUUGCAUCGGAAACACAAAGCCGCCCACCUUGUCUGUGCACGGUAGCACCAUUAGUGGAGCGGUGAUGGGUUUUAAGGAGCUGAGAUGCCCAGUUUGGAGGUCCAAGAUGUUCAGCAGCAGAUCGACAUGUUAUGGCUUAUUUCAAGUUCUCUUUGGUCUAUCCUUAAGUUGAAGGAAAACUUUUUUUUUUUACAGUUUUUAAUUGAAUGAAUGAAUGGAUGAUCUGUUGUUAUUAGUUACGAUGAAGAUGAUUUAACCCCGCCGUUGAUGCAGUGCAGGUUUUGAAUCAAAACACGACGCCAGAAGGCAGCGGGACGUUACAGUGUCGGGUUGGAACAUUUCUCAUGUUGUAUCUUCUCUCCUGGUCUCACCACAAGCACACUGAGAGGUAGAUGAAGGGAAUCAAAAACUUGCUUAAAAAAUGCUAGAUGAGACUUUUAUCUAUCAGGGUAGGAGCACAAGUUAAAAAAAAAAAAGAUUGUUGCCAAUGUGCUUUUCAGGAGUUGAGCCGUACCUGAGCAGUGAAUUUGUCUUUCCUCCUGUCUGUUAGCAUCACCCAACAAUAUGACUGUUUCUGCUCUCCCUUGAUGAAUUUGUACCAAGUGCAUUUACUACCACUAUCCAUUCUUAACAUUUGUAUGAAUUUAUUUGAUAAGUUUUGAAAUUAAAUGUGACCCUGACAUUGAA